CUUGUGAAAGCGCCGAUAAAAUGUCGUCCGGGCGAAAGUGUAACAACUGUGGAAGUGCCGACAUCGAGGUCGACAAUGCACGGGGCGAUGCGGUGUGUACGAACUGUGGAUCGGUGCUGGAAGACAACAUCAUCGUAUCGGAGAUCCAGUUCGAGGAGAAUGCUCACGGAGCGGCCAGUGCCGUCGGUCAGUUCGUAGCAUCCGAUUCACGCGGAGGUGCCACGGCGUACGGCAAGUUUCACGUCGCUACUGGGACGGAAUCGCGCGAGGUUACACUACGGAAAGCUCGCCAUGGUAUUACGCAUCUGUGCAGCCAGCUGCGAUUGAACAACCAUUGCAUCGAAACGGCCUGCAACUUUUUCAAGAUGGCCCUCAUCCGCAACCUGACCCGUGGUCGGCGCAAUACUCACAUCUAUGCGGCGUGUGUUUACAUUACGUGCCGGACGGAGGGAACGUCUCAUUUACUGAUCGACAUUAGCGAUGUACUGCAGAUUUGUUGCUAUGAGCUUGGAAGAACAUACCUCAAACUUUCCCAAUCGCUUUGUCUGAAUAUUCCAUCAAUCGAUCCAUGCAUCUACAUCAUGCGAUACGCCAACAAGCUCGAAUUUAAAGAGAAAACUCACGAAGUAUCAAUGACGGCACAGCGCUUAGUGCAGCGUAUGAAAAAGGAUUCCAUACACUCCGGCCGACGGCCGUCUGGGUUGUGCGGCGCAGCACUACUUCUAGCCGCCCGGAUGCAUGAUUUCAGCCGCACGCCGAACGACAUCGUGCGGAUCGUAAAGAUCCACGAGUCUACCCUGCGCAAACGGUUGUUUGAGUUCGGUGAAACACCGAGCAGUGCCCUAACUGUGGACGAAUUCAUGGCAGUCGAUCUCGAAGCCGAACAAGAUCCGCCCGCCUUUAAGGCGGCCCGCAAACGGGACAAAGAGCGUCUGCAGAAGCUGGAAGAACAGACGACCGAAUUUAAUCAGCUGCAGGCGGAAAUCGAUGCUGCACUUGAUCGUGAAAUGAUUUCACGUGCGGGCAAGAAGCGCAAGCUGAAGAAAUCGGAUUUUGACGAACUGCAGGAGACGGGACAAUUUAUCGAAGAGUCCACGAUGGACGUGAUAAGCGAGUGUUUGGUGGAGGAAAAAGCUGUAACUAAAGAGACGGUGGACAAAAAUAAACCAAUCAUACCGGAGGGUAUGCGGCCAGAUCUGAGAGCUAUUUGCGCAAACAAUGACACCGAUCGGUAUGGGGGAGAAACUUCCUUCGAGCAACAGGAUGAUGCGGGGAAUGGUGAACUGUUGACAGAAGAUUUGGAUGACGAUGAGAUCAAUGGGUACAUUAUGACGGAGGAGGAAGCACACACGAAAAACGUCCAGUGGGAGAAACUGAACGAAGAGUAUCUAAAGGAACUGAAGCUGAAGGAGGAACGGUUGGCCAAGGAGCGGGAGGAGUGUAAGCCGGAAAAGAAGAAGCGUCGUACGGUAAGGAAGAAGAUGAUUGGUCCAUCAUCGUCAGCUCGCGAAGCUAUUGAGAUGAUACUCCAGGAGAAGAAAAUAUCGAGCAAAAUCAAUUACGACAUACUGAAGACGCUCACCGAUGGUGAAGGACCCGGUGCUAGCGCGGUGGUAGCAGCACCCGUACAAAUGGUUGAUACUAAUGGGGACAUCAAGGAGGAAGUAGAGAAUAUUACCGAUCCACUAUCGUCUCCCGUGCUUGUAAAACAAGACAAAAUGUUGUCCACACCCGCAACGGCGACUUCCUCCGAUGCAGCUGGUCGUGGUAGCUUGAAACCAACGCCAAACUUUGGUGCUUCCUCAAGAAGGAAGCAUAUGGCGCAGGCAACACUGCCCGUCGUAUCUGCUGGUAUGGAUGAGGAUGAACCGACGAAAGAUGCGGAAGAUGGAACCACGAGUAAGGUGGCUCAAGAUAACAUCGAUGAUUAUGACGAUGAGGGUGAUGUAGAACCGGAACCAGAACCGGAACCGGAGCAUAAAUCACUAGCGGAUAUGCUGAACAAUGGGGAUGAUGAUGAUUAUUACGGUUACGAUGACGAUUACUAAAAAUGAACAGAG